CGAUCGAUAUGAUACCUGAUGUUGACUGGAAUUGUAAAAGCGCUUUUCACUUCGUUCGGAUGUGCCCGUGGUGCGCAUCAUUUAUCAUUCGCUUAACUCGACUGACAAUUUUUCAAUUAACUACCGUGGUCUUCAAAUCAUUUGGAAAUAGACGCUGCUAUCUAGAUAAGAUUUUUCCCUGAAAACUGCUAAAUCACUGGCACUGUAAAAGUGAAUAAAAACUUAACUUCAGAAAGAUGGGAUCUGAAGAAGUUGAAAAGGAAAAAAAUUCUGGAAAGCAGCUCUGCAAAACAGUAGCGCAGUUGCUGUUUUCGCACCUUGGACUAUGUGUGAUUGUUAUUUUAUACUGCGUACUUGGAGGUUUUCUGUUUGAAAUGCUUGAAAAAGAAAAUGAGGUAACGGCUUGUAAAGAGUCUCGAAAGGAGUAUCUGGACAUGGAGAAUGAAACUUUGUUUAGUUUGUUAGACGUAGUUCUUUCAAAUCCUCUAGGGUCCGAGGCAGCCGAUGCCCAAUUAGUGGGCGUGUUCGAGACUUUCCGGAACAAUUCAUUUUCUAUAGGUUACGACGGGAGUUGGUGCGAGGGAUAUGGUGAGCCCGACGGGCCGAUGCAUGAAUGGAAUUUCGCCGGCGGCUUGUUCUUCUCCAUGACCGUCAUUACGACAAUAGGGUAUGGCCACAUCGCACCCAAAACGAUUUGGGGUCGCAUACUGUGUAUGUCUUAUGCUAUGAUGGGUAUACCAAUUAUGUUGAUCAUGCUGGCAAACAUUGGUGAUGUUCUGGCGGACAUAUUUCGCUACGUGUAUGCCAAAAUAAUUUGUUGUGGUUGUCUGAAAAGGAAGAAGAAAAGUCAAAAGAAGAUGUUGAAAAGUGGAACAGAAAACAACGUAGCACAAAACCAAACAAAAAGGAAGCUUUCAAAUUCGAUGUCAAGGGAACCAACAGAUAUGGGCACAUAUAAUGAAACGGAGACCAAACAACGGUACAAGGGUGCAAAUCCUUUGACCAUCAAGGCACUUGGGACAUCUGACCUUAAAGAAAGGGGUCGUCUUGUGCGAAUGAGUUCAAGUAAAGAACCGCUUAUUGUUGAUGACGAUUCCGAUGAUGAUGAAGAAGAAUUGGAAUGGGAAGAAAUAAGCAAAGUUGCUGUACCACUAACUAUCAGUCUUGGAAUCAUAGGGCUGUACAUCGUGUUUGGGGCUGUGCUGUUCAAAUACUGGGAAGGAUGGGACAUGUUGCAGUCGUCUUACUUCUGUUUCAUCACACUAAGCACAAUAGGAUUCGGUGACGUCACACCUGGGCGGGAUUUCAGCGAUCCUACAGCCAAUGCAAGACUGAUUAUCGGCACGAUAUACUCCAUCUUCGGCAUGGCCAUCUUGUCGAUGUGUUUCACGCUGAUGCAGGAAGAGAUGACGGCCAAGUUUAUGUGGAUUGGCAAGAAAAUGGGCGUGGUCGAAGACGAAGAAGAUGACGAUGCUGACAACGACAAAUUAACGGAGAGCAGUAAUCCGUAUGAUAGAAAUGCGUCUGAAUGUUAAAAUGUAUUUGUCCAAGAUAUGGAGUACACAACAAAAUAUGUGAUAUUAUUAGCUAUUUCUCUACUUUUAGAAGUACAUUUUAUUGUCUUAGACACUAUGUGAUUUGCGUGAAUAUGAGAGAUAUAAUUAUAGAUCCUGCUAUGACAUUUAAAAUGUUAAACUCUUGAUUCGUCAAACUCGUGAAAUUUCCGGCAGUGUCCAAAAGUACUGAUAUAAUCUUCUGGUAUGAAUUAACAGUAGACACACUUUUUUCCGCAUUUAAAUUAAGAAAUAAAACAUGAAAAGAUUAUUAAGUUUGCUGGCAGGAUUCUAAUAAAUUACGAACAGUUGUUAAACAAUGAUUUUGUGCUUACACUUUAAUCUAUGAUCAAAAUGAUUCUUUGACUGCCGUAUAGGAGGAAUUCCCUCAUGCUUUUAUUGUUGUGUUCCUUUUCAAUGUGUCUACCUACAAGUUCGAUUACUAGGUCAUACGUGUUUACACGUUUUCAAACGAAAUUUUCUCUACUUGCAAAAUGACCUUUCUACUUUUUGAUUAUGUUUUGUUUUAGCUUGAGUUCACGAUUUUCUUAUACAAGACACACUAAAAUAUGGAACCCUGAGUUAAGGUUACAAAACGCAAUCUUUACAAACAUGAUGUUUACGAAAACGAACUAUAGCUAUUCAUUCCAAGAUGGAAGUCAAAAUGUUAGUAUCCUACUUUUACUUGUUUUCUACAAAGUUCAGGAGAUGUAACUUGCGGAAAUGAGGUUUUGGAAACAACGAUUUAUGUUAUACAGAUAUCUCUACUAUGCAGAAAGAGCCUAAAACACGUUAAGUAGUUCCCUCAUUUGAUAGGCCACUUUGCAUUUGUUAUUUUAGGAAACGUUCUGUGAUAAUUUCAUUUUAACGAAAAAGUGCGAAAAUGCCGAUCUGUGGUGGUUUGUACUGGGAAAUGGAUUCGUAAUGGUAAUCGGCCAUUUCCGUGAGAUUCCGUAUUCGGGUCAGUUAUUUCGUCAUUCUUCGGACGUAAACGAGCAAUGGGUUCCCUUACAACCGGUGUCGAAAGCGCAUACGGAAAAACACGUAACUGGUCGGAAAUUACCGAUUGACAUUAUGAGUUAAUGUUUACAUACCCGUCUAGAAAUAUUGCUUGUUGUGCAUUUCAAGCUUGUAUGCAAUUUAAAUUAUUUGUCUCUUAUAUGUUCUUAUAGCAUCGAAAUUUGUUAUCUUCUUUAUGUGUGUGUUUUUUAGAAAUAGUCAUCGAUUAAAGGGAGCGGGCUUUAGACUUUACAACGUUAAAUAUCAUUAUUUUCAAAACAUUUAAACAUGGUUGAGGAAUUUUAAGAAUAAUACAGGUAAAUAUAAUAAAAUUAUAUCAAGUAAAAAUCACUUAGUUCUUACUACAUGUAUUUUAACGCCUGAUUAACGCACUUUAAUCUGUAUAGACAAAUGUAUGUUUUCAUAAAAAAAAUACUGUAUUUACUUUAAAGAACUCCCGAAUCUGCGGAUGCUCCAGGGUGACAAGUGUGUGAAUGUUUUAUCUCAGGGUGUCAAAAGACUCUUACUCAUGGGAACGACAUAAUGCCCGUUGGUCACGAGUUAUGUAUCUUAUGGCCAGGGUACACAAUCUCGUUCGUACGGGUACUUUGUGACCUUUGUGAACUAACUAAACGCACACUUUUACCCUCGGACAAAUUGCGUACGAAUUAUAAAUACAGGCUUUUCAUUUUAUUGGCCACUAUGUUUUUACUUUUUAUUGGCAACAGCAGCUAACAAACGAAAGUACUUUCUUUGUAUGGAGAAAAAUACUUAAAUAUUAAUGUGUGCGCUUCUACCAAAUAAAAAAAUAUGAGUCGAAGAAAUACGAAAUAGAUGGUUACUAGUACGUGACAAUGAACUCACCAGACCUGUUGAUUCUCUGAGAUAUGUUCAAUUUGGACUCUAUGCUAGUUGGUUUUUAAUUUAGCUGAAAUGCCUUAAUGGAUAAAAGUGGCGUGUACACAUGUACAUAUUUCUUAUUUUUGGGGUGUGUUUAUACAAUUUUAGAGGAAAUAACUUACUUUUCCCAGCCUGUUUCUUAUUAAGAAUAAUUUUAUCUGGUUAUUUUUUUUAUGGCUGUUACAUUGUUAUAUAAUAACUAGUUUAUCUAUUAAAGCUUCUUUCUA